AAGACACUCAUCACUUCUACGAACCAGAAAAUAACCAUCUCCCAUAUAGUGAAGAAGUCACUCACCAAACUCCACUAGAAACUAAUGAUACUCCCUCUUGGAUUAUUCAUCUUGACCAAGAAAAUAUUCUUGAAUCUAGAAAUUCUAGUGACGAAGAACCAGACUCAGACCAUGAAUUAAAUAUUAACCUAGCUGACCUUGUUAACACUGCCCCAUCUUUUCCACCUCCUGUUUAUUAA